UGUUUGGGUCAGAGACCUCCUCGAUGACUAAAAUCUGACAAUACAGACGAAGCUUUGCAAAUAGUUUUGUCAAGGGACAAGAAUUAUUUUAGACAUUUUUAGAUGGAAAAACCUUUUGGUUGUGAUGACGCUGUCCUCAGAAGCAGCAGCAAUACUGACAGACCAACAUGUCCUGUUUUACCCAGUCAACUUAACGAGCAUGUGCUGCAAUGUCAUAAUACUGAAAAUGGGAGAGAGGAGAACUCAAGGAGAAUAAUGAAAUCAAACAUGUCCCUAUCAAUGGACAGUCCAUCUGAAAUCUUGGAAAGAAGAGGAAAACCAACACUAAUUAGGUCCAAAACAUUUGAUCCCUCAUUAUUGUCACAUGUCCAAUGUGACAUUGAGUCAAAGACUGAAAGGAAGAAGCAGCACAGCUGCCAUUUUCAUCGAACAAAUGCCCAAUACCACAAACUUUUCAAAGAUAUUAGUGAAAAUGAGUUGCUGAAACAAAGUUACACAUGUGCAUUGCAGAAAGAUAUUCUUUACCAAGGGAGACUUUUUGUGUCUGAUAACUGGAUCUGUUUCUACUCCAAAGUUUUUGGUAAAGACACAAAGAUUGCCAUUCCAGUUAUAUCUGUAUCAGUAAUAAAGAAAACUAAAACUGCAAUCUUGGUACCAAAUGCAUUGAUUAUUGCCACAGCACUUGAAAGGUAUGUUUUUGUGUCAUUCCUGUCCCGAGACACAACAUACAAGAUUUUGAUGUCAGUGUGCUCCAAUUUGGAUGACAAGUGUCUGGGAAACAACCCUGUUCCCCAUUCCUCUGCAGAUGGCAAUUAUACAGUGUCACCUUCCACACUUCCCAUGAAUUAUGCAGCAGAUUUGUCAGAUUUGGAUGGCCCAGUGGAUCAAAGAAGACAAGAAAUCGGAUAUAGCAGUAGCUCAGACUCUCCAGAAUCACCGUUAUAUAAGAAAAUUGCAGAACACAAACGGAAUGUUUUUGACAGUAAAACACAGAGACCAAGCUUGUUUAAUGUUCUUCUGAUGGUGUACCUAUUUCUAAUCUGCAUUUUGAUUAUGUCUUCAUGUUACAUGGCUUACAAGAUCAUAUAUUUGGAAAAGAGACUGAAUUCUAUAGGCUCUAUGGCUGAAUUGACACAUUCUAGAGAUGAAUAUAACUGUAUAUUCUCUGAGGAUACUUCUAGCAUCUACUCUGCUGUGUCCAUUAAUCUUGUGAAGCUGGAAAAGAUUCAGAGAGGCCUAAAGAAACUAUUGGAUGAAACUAAGUGAUGUAUGUUUAUUCCUCAGAUCUAAGUCACCACAAGGGGUUGAGAUCUUUACCUUGUGUACCAGUCACUGUUUUGUACAAGUUUUAGCCAAGAUAGGACUAUAGAUCAUGGGCAGUGUUUCCCUGGACAUAAUAAAAUAAGGCUCAGUUUUAAUUCUUAACAAGCCUGGAAUACUCUGUACUCUCAGAAUACCACCUAAGUAGCAAUUCUGUUGUGUUAUUAUUCAUUUCCUAUUCUCUCAUGGAAAACAUGGCAGAAGUGGGUUAAAUUCUGUACUUCAACAAAAAUGGUUUGAAACGCUUAGGUUGAAACAACAAAAAACAUUUAUUUUAUCCUUGCAUGUGCUAGAAAAGCACAAUGAUAAACCAGAGUGACCAGAAAUUAAAAUGCAUCAUCAAAUUUAAAAUAUCUCACCUCUUAGCUGAGCCACUUCGUUCAUCUCAGUGAAGUCUCAGUUCUGAACAUGAUAAUGGCAACUGGGUGGAAAACUAAAACUGUAAAACAAAUGCAUCCAUAUAUAUCUACAAAUACAAACUGAGCUUGCUAGUAACUUUAAAGUAAAGUUAAAUUGGUCACUAUAUGAAAAAUUGUAGAUGCCACAUUAAAAUACAUUAGUGAAUCUAACGCUAUUGUCGAGGUUCAGUUAUAAAGCAUUACAGAUGUAUGGAGAAAUGCUAAUAUAAUGUAGUAUAAAAUGCUGAUAUUAUUGCCUGUAACUUUUUUUUUUCCAUUUAAUCACUUAUCAUAAAAUGUGCAUGUUGAAGACAUCAUAUAUUUUUGUACUAUGUCACAGCUUCUGUAAAUACCUUAUAAUUUUAUCUGUAAUGCCAAUAUUUUAAUUCUGUCAGGUCAAAGCCAGAAACAGGGCCACACUAUCAGAAGGAACACAACCCACCUACAAACAUGGUCACCACAACACAACUCCCAGCACACAUGGACUUUCACCAUCCUUCUAAUCAUGUUCUAACUGAACUCAGUCAUGAACCACACAAAAGUACACACACAACCCAACAGUUCACUGUGAAGUAUAUACUGUACUCUGUCUCCUUGUUACUAGUCAUUAACAAGCCUUUAGAUAUAUUAAUACUGAUAUGCUGAAUUUUUCUGUUUUUUUUUUUCCUGGUUUUUGAUCCUUGUCUUAAAUUUGUUCACACUGUUUGUCACCUGACUAUUGCCUGUUUCCUGUUUUGUGUUUUGUGAUUUGAAGCUUAUUAAUUGAAGCUGUUUAUACCUGCUCUUGUGUCCAUCCCUGCUGCCGGACAGAUUAAGCCUAAUUUUUCAAAGAAAUACAGUAGUUUAUUGCCUAAAAUUUUAUACAUUUUAAAAAUAACACAUAAUAAAAUAUUAUUUUAUACAA